CUGAACCCAACCCCACACCCAUACCCUAUUUCCAUUUUCUCUACAUUUUUUUCUUCUAUAUAUACACAUGAGCUUCAUUUAGACGGCUAUAAGUUUUCUUCUUCUUAGCUUGUGUUCUUUUUGGUUUCUGAAUAGCCCCACAAAUUGGAAGAAGAAAAAAAAAAAACAACUUGGAGAAUUUAAUUUGACCUGCUAAAUCUUGAGAGUGUUGAUGUGCAUGAAUGGAUUCUUCUAGUGUACAGCAUCAUCAUCACCAGGAAAUGUCAUCCCAAGCACUGGAAAGCAUGUUGGUAUGCACAAAACCAGAGCAAGAAAAGAAACCAAGGCCUCAAGAUGAAGCACAAAAAUGUCCAAGAUGUGACUCUGCCAACACCAAAUUCUGUUACUACAACAAUUACAGUCUUUCUCAGCCCAGAUACUUUUGCAAAUCUUGCAAAAGGUACUGGACUAAAGGAGGUACACUAAGAAAUGUUCCAGUUGGCGGUGGCUGUAGAAAAAACAAAAAAACAUCCUCAAAGAGAUCAACCCAAGAUUAUAACAGCCCUAAUAAUCCAAUUAUAUCUUCCUAUGAUUCCACCACUGAUUUGAGCCAAGCAUUUGCUAGACUCCAAAAACAGACAAAUGGGCAUUUGGGAAUUGAUCAAGAACAUAAUGAUAAUAACAAUAUUAUGUCAAUGAUGUAUAAUCCUCAUGCCCCUUCUAGCUUUCUUGAUGCACUAAGGGGUGGUUUUCUUGAAAGUGCCCCAAAUGGAUUCCACCAAAACAUGUAUUAUGGGAACAUGGGGCAAGUAGAAAAUGGAGGAUUAGUGGAAAUGGGAAUGAAUUAUGACCAAGAAAUGAGUGGUACUACAAUGACAACACUGAAGCAAGAGAUUUGCAGCAUGGCAAGAGAUCAAGGUGAGAAUAAUAGUAGAGUUUUGUGGGGUUCUCCAUGGCAGAUUAAUGGAGAUGUAAACAUGAAUAUGGGUGAUUUUGAAUCUACAAACAGGCAAAGUUGGAAUGGAUUUGAGGAUUCUUCUUUUCAAGGACUUUCCAAUAGUAGUAUCAUUGUAUGAAGAGUGUAUUAGUCAUAUGACUCAUAUUACAUGCCUUAAGUACUGUAUCUGACUCAUAUUACAUGCCUUAAUUAAUGUAUGUAUUAAUAUUAGUAUUGUAAUUUCACUGUCAAUUUUUUGGAACCA